AUGCCCCGGCUUUAUCACACUAAAUCGAAGACUGGCUGCGCUCGCUGCAGAGCUCGCCGCGUCAAGUGCGAUGAAACCAAGCCAAAGUGUAAAUCCUGCACCCGCCACCAAGUAAACUGUCUGUAUGACAGAACAAACCGCUGGAAGGCCUCGCAGCCAGAUGACAAUAGCGCUACCGAACCGGUAUUGCAUCAGACAGGAACAGCAACGAGCCAAACCGCUACCCAUGAUGACAAACAUUUCGAGGAGUCGGUGCCUUUAAUGUCGGCAGAAAGCCGUGAUCGUCGCUAUCUAGAACUCCGGUUGCUUCACCUGUGGACCACCGAGGUCUGUCAGACGCUGCCAGGCGCCUACGAUCCUAUAAAUCUCAGGAUUUGGGCUCACGACGUCCCCAAGAUUGCUCUUGACUAUGAACCUCUACUCACCGCCAUCUUCUCCAUCACUCUCCUCUACAUGGUAUUCAGCAACUCUCAGGUCGGCAUUGGAAAGGACGAGCUAUUUGCAUACCGGGCAAGAUAUUUUGAGGCCGCCUUGCGGAACCACCGCCAGGCACUUGGCUCUAUGGACCAUCAUACUGCCAAUGGGGCCAGCUUCACUUCCAUUGUUCUCAUCUUUGAUGCUUUCGCUAGUCUCAGAGAGCGAUGGGUUCAACCGACCAACGCCAAUGUACCAUAUAAGCCACCGACAGAAUGGCUUCAGAUGUGCAGGGGGGCCAGAAAUGUCGCUUCGGUCGGACUGCGCAUGAUCGGUGAAGACUCUGACACAUCUUUCGGUAUCAUGGCCAGGGGGGCUGCCCCUUUCACCGAUCCAGAGGUCAUCUAUUCGGAAGCUAAUCGUGCUCGGUUUGCUCACUUGUUGCCUGCAAAUGCUGACCAGUCUGAGAAUGAUACCGAUAAUGAGGCAUAUACAACAGCGGUUGCGUACAUUGCAUCGGUCGCGGCAGCAAAGGAAGCAGGAGAAGAUUUCGUGAAAACUGCUCGAAGAGUUACAAUUUUUCCCAUUAUCUUGCAUGAUCGUUUCAUCACCUUGAUCGAAAUGCUAAAUCCGCGUGCUAUGGUUAUCCUCGCCCACUACUUCGCUUUGCUAUGUCACCUCGACAGGAUAUGGUGGAUAAGUAAUUACCCAGAAAAGGAGAUCGAAGCCAUCAACGGCAGCCUCAGAAGCGAGUGGCAUGGCAUGAUGGCGUGGCCGCUACAGGUUCUCCGCGAUCGUGGUCAACAAUCCGCGGUGAAUGGCAGUGAAAAGUGA